AUGAUCUCGAAGCUCUUGGCGCUCGGUGCUGUCUUUCUCGCCUUUGCCACCGCCAACGUCUUCGACUCGUCUUACUCCAAUGUCUCCAGCGCUGCUAUCGACGAAGACAGGAUCGAAACCGCCGUGUUAGUUGACACCGAGACGACAGAACCCGCCGAUGACGUUCUAUGGAAUGCUGCCUUAACCAAAGGCCGGAUGUUGAUACUAGCCACGAGCUUGAAUCUUCCAGAGGCUAUUAAACUCUAUUUACCAAUGGAAACUCCCUGGGAUGGAACCCUCAAACGCGAACUAGCACUUUGGGGCUACUCGGAACCUGACUACCCGGAAGUUGAAGACUCUGACGAAAACUGUGUCAUGGGGAAAGAAAACCACGGCCUUCAAGAUAUGCUAAAACAGCUACAUGCAGAUGAUAGAGAUUCACGUGAUGGAGGGGACAACAUCUGUCACACAAUCCAACAUCAAGACGGACCUACCUUGGAGAAAGAUAAGAACGGUGAAGUACCAGAAGAUCCUAGGGAUCAAUACUACAAAGUUGAAGGGCGCAGAUACAGGGUUACCGGCGCGGAUUCCACCAUUGGAAUAAAUCCAAAGGCUGGUAUCAUCUUCUUUCUGACUCGUGAGAGCCCCGCGUACGCGGCGAGAAAGCUAUGGAAUGUACCCUCCGUCAAGCCGGACGAAAUGCCUGCCCUCAAAAGUAGCUCGGAUAUUGCCUGGGGUCUCUGGAAUAGGCAUUGCAAAGAAAGCCUGUCCAACAUCAACUACUUCUUCACGGUGGCAGUUGCAAACCCGGAAACGCGUAAGAUCAUCAGCAGAGCUAUGGGACAAAAUGCUGUGCCGAAUGCGCCAGGAUACACCUUUAGAGCUGGGAAUGAGAACUUCAUCGCUCUGCUGGGAUCGCCGAACCUUGUAGCAGUAAUGUUCUUCCUCCUCCAACACAAGACUCGGUUUGGCCACAAUCGAUGGGUUACUGAGAUCCGUGUUUUCAUACCGAAUGGGGAUUUCAAUAAGGUUUCGAUGCUUGUCAAGGUUGAGCGAGCGCCCCCGACAGAACCUCCCGAGCCUAUUGAAGAUCCAGAUUGCGCGGAGAAAAGGUCGUUGGAAAGUGCGCCAGUCUCACCGCUGAAGAUCGAUAGUUGGAAGGGUGGCGAACGUGCAAAUUCGACCUUCGAGGACGUGAAUCUGACCAGGAUACCUACAAAGUACGGCGACGAGACCGUGGCUGAGCUGGAAUGGCUCCCGCCGAAACAAGAAUAUAUUGCCAGUCUACGCUCAGUCGCCCCUCCAGCGGACGAGCCAACUUGUGCUAUAUGUCGUGGUGAGUGGGAAUAUCCGGCCCAGGAAGUCGUCGAGCCAAGCCCUCACUGCUCUCGACAUCCUCUCCACAAAGACUGUCUUCUCAUAACCUUUGCAACGGAAGACGGAGAGGAGGUCAGCAAUCUGUGUCCAUUUUGCCGUCGCGAACUCUUCGAGAAGAUCCCAAAGCCGCCUGCGAAGCCCCCGAGUAACUCGAAUAGUACCUACCAGCAAACUACACAACUCUAUGACAACCUUGUGGCACUUCAUAUCCAGAUUGAAUACAACGACGACACAACCGAAGAUCCACGGCUGCUGAAUCCUUCUGGCCCAACCAUUGAGGACGCCUUGCUGAAAGACGGUUUCUGGUCUGCUCUUCCCCGUUUCUUGGACGAAUGGUACCACCGCAAUGCAUCUCAGAUUAUCGAACAGACAAAACGCCAUAGGAAACCACUGUCGAUCGUGGAUAUGGGUCGCGCUGUGGUUGCCUCGUUCUUUGGCAAUGGUGAGCCACCGUCUCGCAAGAUUACAGGUCUCACAGACGAAGGUCGCGCAGCUAUCACUGCGCUCUUUGCGCACGAAACCGACAAGUCAGAGCUGUGCCUAAAGGCAACAGAGCUACUAGACUACCAACAAGGCGAAAUCGUAAUGCAAUGUAUCCGCGCCGCCCUCAUGUACUACGACCAAUCUGCCUUCCCCCAACACGUCGAGGAUUUGCAGCGCAAAACUCGUUGGCUCAUUGCCUACCAUGUCCUUACUUCUCUAUUAACAGCACGCAGACGCCCCGAUGAGGACGUGUGGUAUCGAGGAACAAACAUACCCCGCUGGCUCCAGCUGGUCCGUUUCCGUAAGAUGCUGCACCGAGGAAUCAACCAAUGGGCCUCACCGACCUUCUUCGCCAGCCAGCCCCCACUCGAAACAAAUUUUCCUUACAGUCACCUUAUGGGUGUUACCGAGGGAUUCGGCGAGCAUGACUUAUUGGAAAUACAGUAUUUCCGGCCCACCGAUGUAGAGCCGUAUCAAACUCGUAUUGGCCCCAUUGAUCGUGGUCAUAAGAUGAUCAUAAAAGAGGACACCUCGGUGUGCCCUUUAGAUCCCAAUCUCAAAAACGGUACUAUCUUCCAAUUUCUGAAGGACGGAACCUUGACAGUUCGGGAACUCUGUCCUGCCUUCCUUCAUGACAUUUCCUGCAACCGCGAGGAAGGUUUUUUCGAUCUCGUUCAUGAGAAUGGGAGUAUGCUGAGGAUCAUACGUAGGGUUAUGCCGUAG